AUGGACAUUGCAGUGGCAUUACCUCCCAUCCUCCUCCUGUCAGUCACUCUGUCUCUGGCUGAUGCCAAGUUCUACAGACCCUCCCAGUACAUCCUCUACAAGACUGGGCCCAAUCUUCAUCCCUAUGUCCAUGGGAAGCCCACCAGCAGGCUCAAAAACCACUGUGCCUAUGUUGUUGAGAAGACUGUUUCAUUCACCAUGCAGGAUGGGGUAGCUCCUUAUGUCAAAGCUCAGUAUAACAAGUGUGCCUGGGGUCAGAAGUGUCCAACCCUCAUAUAUCAUGUGAUGUACAAGCCUGUCUAUAAAGAUGCACAUAAGACUCUCACUGAGCUGGAAUGGCGCUGCUGUCCAGGAUACUCUGGCUAUGGCUGCAUGGAGGGACCCCCAGCCUACCAACACCCAAUUAAGGCGAUGCCUCCAUUCAAGGGCCCACCAUUCAAAGGCCCACUCAUUAAAGGAAACCCCUGGAGUCAGAGCAAGGGCCAUCCUCCCAUGAAAUCGUACCCGAUGCUUACCAAGGGCCCUCCCAUGAAGGGACCUCCUCCUAUGAAGUCAUACCCAGUGAAAGCAAAAGGCCCUCCUCCCAGCAACGUGAAGUCCUACCUUAUACGUCCCUUUGGGCCUCCUCUGACCCACCCCUCCUACCGAGGGUCAUCUUCCAAGCCUUACAUCUUUGGGCCACAGCACCACCACCAACCAGACCACCAUGAGGUUCCAGACUAUCACCAGCCUGAACUAGACCACCAGGGGCAAGACCACCACCAGCCUGAACUAGACCACCAGGGGUCAGACUAUCACCAUCCUGAACUAGACCACCAGGGGUCAGACCACCACCAGCCUGAACCAGACCACCAGGGGUCAGACCACCACCAGCCUGAACCAGACCACCAGGGGCCAGACCCCCACCAGCCUGAACCAGACCACCAGGGGUCAGACCCCCACCAGCCUGAACCAGACCACCAGGGGUCAGACCCCCACCAGCCUGAACUAGACCACCAGAUUUCAGACCAUCACCAGCCUGAACUAGAACACCAGGGGCCAGACCACCACCAGCCUGAACCAGACCACCACUGGCCAGACUACCACGAGCCGGACCAUCACAAGCCUGAACCAGACCAGGAGGGGCCAGACCACCAGGAGCCAGACCACCAAGAGCCAGACCAUCACCAGCCUGAACCAGAUCUAGAGCCAACCAAUCCCCAGCAGCCUGGACCAGAUCAUCCUGAUCACCCAGACCUCACUGAUCAUCCUUUUCAGUCAGAGUUGGAGCCUGUCACUGAUGAAACAGAUCCCCCUGCUGGCAGCCAAGAAAUCGAUGGCCAGCCUCUGGACACAGUGGACAGUGAGUCUACUGAGCGUCUGGACCUGAUGGAGGAGGACGUGCGGAGGCUGUCCCAGGGUCUGGAGACGCUUAGGGGGGCAGUGAACGGACUCGAGGAUGGCCUGCGCGCCUCACUAUGGGAGGACGCCAACAGGAUGCUCUCAGCCCUGCUGUCUGCAGCACCAAGCCCUGUCCCCGCCCCCGCUCUGUCCUCUUCCCCCCACUCCACUGUAGGCUUUGCAGACAUCCCUGGAGGAGACCCUGAUGCAGAGGGGCUGGAUGGGGGCCAGGCUUUCCCAAGGUUGAGCGAGCUGACAGGGAGGGUUGAGGAGCUCCAGACUGAGCUACAGGCCAAGGCUGCUGAGCUGGAGGAGCUGAGAGGCAGUGUGAUCAGGCAUGACGGAACCCUCAAGAAGAUGUCAGGCGGUGCAGAUAGCUUGACAAGGGCCGAAGCGAGAGACAGCCAGAAGGCAAUGGAGGAUCUGGUGGAUGCCAAGCUUGGCGGGGCCCGGACGGAGAUCCUGGGGGAGUUUGAGAAGCGUGUCGAGAGUGCAGAGAGCCGCUGUGGGGAGAGGGCCAGGGAGGUGAGUCGACAGUGCCACAGGGAGCAGCAGGAGAGACAGGAUCUGAUGGAGCUGGCCCUGGAGGUCAGCGCCACUGGGCUUAGGAAAGAGCUUGGAUACCUGCAGACUCAGAUCCAGGGACAUGACCUGACAGAGGGCUGCUGUGGUAGAGUCACUGGCCUAGGUGAGAGGGUGCAUCUGCUGGAACAGUUGGUGGCAGGCCUCAACCAGUCCCAGGGGCACCUGAGAGUGGAGCUGGGUGGGCACAAGGACCAUGUAGAGGCAAUGCUGGAGGGGCGGCUGGAGGACGUGGAGGCCAAGCUCAACCUGACUGAAUGUGGAAAGGUCAGGGGUGGGAGCGCUAGCAGCAGUGGUAGUGGUGGGGUCCAGGGCAGUAGCUCAGAGGGAGAGGUCGGGGCAGGCAGCCUGGAGACUCGUCUGGAGGGGAAGCUGAAGGCUCUGGAGGGUCGUCUGCUGACAGCAUUGGGGGAUCUGGAGAAUGCUACGGCCCCUGCCUUGCUGGAGGGCCAUGUCGUGCCCACGCUGGAGACAGAGGUGGAGUCCCUCAGGAGGAGGCUGGAGGUGAAUGUGGACAGAGUGCAGAAACAGCUGAGCGGCCUGAAACUACUCUGCACCUCCUCCUCUCAGCCCAUUCUCCAGGGAGACGAAGCCACAUCAAACACUCCUAGGCUGGAGGAGGAUAAGACAGGAGUAGGAGAGGAGAAGGGUCUCCUGGACAUUGAGAAUAACCGUCUGAACAGUCUUAAUGUCACCCUGCAGAGCCUCCUGACUAGACUGUCCCAGAGGGAAGACCACCAGGAGGGAGAGGAGGGGAGCUCAGUCCAGGGUGAAAUCAUGCUGCUCAAGUUCAACGCCCGUUCCAUGAACCUCACCCUGAAGGGCCUGAAGGACUCUGUAGGGUUGGUGGUCCAGGAUGUGGGGCGCGCCAACACCACCUGGCAGGAGCGGGAAGAGCGCCUGGCCCAGCAGGUGAAGGGUGUGGUGCAGCUUUUGGGGCGCCAGGCCUCCAUGUUGGGGGUGGGUGAGAAGAGGCUAACCCGGAUGAAGGGAGAGCUCCAGGAGCUGAGGAGGCGGCUGGCCGGGGAGGUGCAGGGCUGCCGCUCCACUGCGCUUGGAGUCCAAAAGGAGGUGGUGGAGGUGGGGGGCCGCGUGGCCAGCGUGGAGGGCCAGUGUAAGGGCUUCAGUCACCUGGCCAAGGAUCUGGAGAGGAUCAGGGCGGAGUUGGAGAGGCAGUCAGAUGGAUACCUGUCCCAGGUCAACGGUACCCUCACUAAUCACGCUCACCAGCUGUCUGAGCUGAGGCAGGAACUUAGGAACUGCACGUGGAAUGCAGAGCCCACCCAGCAGAGCCUGUACCUCCUAGAGCCAGAACAGUUAAGAGAAGACCAGUAACCUGUCAUGAAAUCUAUUACCGUAAGAGGGAGGCCAGAGUUCUGUACUGAGUGAUAAUGGACAAUUAUCUUGAGCCCCAAAGGACUGGUGGGUGAGCUGGAGACGGUAGAAACAAACAGGCAAUGUUUCAACCCACUGGCGUGGCAUAGAUGA